UUUCUUUCUUUUUUUUUUCUAUUGUUGUUUAUGAUAUGACGACUUCAACGUAUUCUGAGAGAGAGCCGCUUCUAUCAGCACCUAUUCAUAACCAAGCAAGCUCAGGAGGCUCAGUUGUGUCUUACACUAUAUCGCAGCAAAAUUGUUCAAACAUUACCCUAAAAGAUCGUUCCACAACCAAUUCGACUAAAAGAAAAUUAUGGUUUGCAGUUGGUUUAGCUUGUUGUUUCUUUGCCACCGAGUUGAUUGCAGGCUAUUUCGCUAAUUCUUUAGCUUUGAUGUCCGACGCGUUCCAUUUGUUAUCUGAUGUAGCCAGUUUCAUUGUUGCCCUCGUAGCUAUUUAUUUGGCUGAAAAGCCCGCAACAAAAAGACAUACAUUCGGUUUUCAUCGAGCAGAAGUCAUUGCUGCGCUUGUCUCUGUAUUAACUAUUUGGAUCCUUACUGCUUUUUUGUUGAAUGAAGCAGUUCAGCGUAUCAAAAAGCCUCAAGUCAUUGAUGCUAAGCUUAUGUGUAUUACUGCUAGUAUUGGUGUUGUUGUUAAUAUCAUUUUGGCUUAUGUACUAGGCGGACAUCAUCAUGGACAUUCUCAUGAUGAAGAGGAUGAUCACCAUACACAUUCAAAUGUUGAGGAAUCAAGUCCUCGUACUCCUCAUAAGGAAGCCAAUAUCAACCUUAGAGCUGCUGCACUUCAUGUCCUUGGUGAUUUGUUAGCUUCAGUGGGUGUGUUGAUUUCAUCUAUUAUUUUGAUCUUUAGACCUGAUUUGACUAUUGUUGAUCCUCUAUGUACAUUCUUGUUUUCUAUCUUAGUCUUGUAUACCACUUAUCAUCUCGUAAAAGACUCUUUGGCAGUCUUGAUGGAAGGUGUGCCCGGCAAUAUUCACCCUGACUUGAUUGAACAAUCCCUUUUGACACUCCCCGGUGUUCUAGCUGUUCAUGACUUACAUGUAUGGACAUUAUCACCCGGUAAAUACUCCUUGACAGCACAUAUCAAGAUUGAUCCACAAACAAGCAACCAUGAUGAAGUGUUAUCAAAGGGUCAACAUAUUGUGUGUGAUAUUUAUGGCGUACAUCACUCUACUCUUCAGAUUGAAACAGACAAUACUGCAUUCACAAGUCACUGCAACCCUGAAUUAUGUGCUCCUAGAACUUAAUCAUCAUCAUUAUCAUCAUUUUUAUCAUUUUCAUAUUUUGACAGCCUAUUUCUAUUGGGUAAUGAUUUAGUGCACUAAAAAAAAAAAGAAUUACAAUAAAGUGACAUCAACCCAAGUUUGCAUAAAUGAUCCGUGUAACCGAUAAAUGUAAUAAAAGGAAAAUUUAUCUUUUUCA